AUGGCUUCCGGCAAUGACCAAUCCCAGUUCGACCAUCUCGCCCUCAACGCCACCGGCCCGAUCCCAUGCGCUCUCCAGGGCCAGGCCGUCCUCAACACGCCCUACUUCAACAAGGGCUCUGCCUUUCCCGGCCACGAACGCCGCUUGUUCAACCUCACCGGCUUGCUGCCGCAAAAUGUCCAGACGCUGGAGGAACAGGCCCAGCGCGCCCGCGAGCAGUACCUCUCGCAGGCGAAUGACUUGGCCAAGAAUACGUUCCUGGCUUCGCUGAAGGAGCAGAAUGAGGUGCUGUACUACAAGGCAAGUUUGCUGCAGGAUAACCUGAAAGCCAUGUUCAGCGUGGUGUAUACCCCGACAGAAGGCGAAGCCAUUCAGAACUACUCGCGACUCUUCAGACGCCCAGAGGGCUGCUUCCUGAACAUCAACGACGCCGAGAGGGUCUCGCAUGACCUGGCAAUGUGGGGGGAAUCAGAAGAUAUCGACUACAUUGUCGUUACAGACGGGGAGGAAAUCCUCGGCAUAGGCGACCAGGGCGUGGGCGGAGUGCUCAUCUCCGUGGCCAAGCUCGUCCUCGCCACGCUGUGCGCGGGCGUCCAUCCCAGUCGCUGCCUGCCCGUCGUGCUGGACUGCGGGACGGACAACGAGGACUUGCUCCGUGACCAGCUCUACCUCGGGCUCAGGGAGAGGCGGGUUCGGGGAAGGCGAUAUGACGCGUUUGUGGAUGCUUUUGUGCGCGCAGCAAGGAGGCUGUAUCCGCGGGCGUACAUUCACUUUGAGGACUUUGGGCUGCAAAACGGCAAGUCCAGACGGAUCCUGGACACGUACCGCCCCAGAAUGGCCUGCUUCAACGACGACGUCCAAGGGACGGGUUGCGUGACGCUGGCCGCCAUCAUGGCAGGCCUGCACGUGUCGGGGCAGCAGCUGGCCGACUUGAAAAUGGUCGUCUUUGGCGCCGGCAGCGCGGGGCUGGGAAUCGCAGACCAAGUCCGAGAUGCCGUAGCCGCAGAGGGCGGCACGUCUCACGAGGAGGCUUCCAAGCAGAUAUGGCUCGUCGACAGACGCGGCCUCGUGACCUCGGAAACCGUUUCGUCCGCUGCCCAGAAGCCCUUUGCAAAAAACGCAUCAGAUUGGACCGGCCAGGGGACGGACCUCCUCUCCGUCACCAAAGCCGUCUGCCCCAACGUCCUCGUCGGCACGUCCACCGUCCCCGGGGCCUUCACGCAGCAAGUCGUCGCCGCGAUGGCCGAGCACACUCCACGGCCCAUCAUCCUUCCCCUCAGCAACCCGACGCGGCUGCACGAGCAGACGCCCCGUCACCUUCUGCAGUGGACACGCGGAAAGGCGCUCGUGGCAACCGGCUCCCCGUUCGACCCCGUCGAGGGCCCCUGGGGCCCCGGCGGCGAGCAGGUGACGGUCGAGAUUGCCGAGUGCAACAAUUCCGUGGUCUUCCCGGGCAUAGGGCUGGGCUGUAUCCUGUCGAGGGCGAGGCUCCUCACGGACAAGAUGCUCGUCGCGGCCGUCCAGGCGGUCGCGGCCAUGAGCCCGGCGCUCGAGAACCCCACGGCGCCGCUGCUCCCCGACGUCAGCGCCGUGAGGGAGGUGAGCCUGCAGGUGGCAAGGGGCGUCAUCAGGGCCGCCGUGGAAGAGGGCGUGGCCACGGAGGCGCACAUCCCCCGCGACGACGCGCGCCUACGGGAAUGGAUAAAGGUCCAGAUGUGGGAGCCCAGAUAUCGCGACCUGCAAAAGGUGCAGCCCGAGGGCGCGGGCCGCGGCGCGAGGGGAGAAGCGAGAAAGGCCGGCACCGUGGACAGACGACCCGACAUGUGA